GAGACCAGUGUGGGCUGAAUGGCAGUAGUUCAUGUGAUACUUCAUCAGAAACCUUUCCGUCCGCUCUGAGCAUAUGAAGGGAUUCACACUACAGCUUUCCAGGGCCUCAGUCUAGAGCUGCUCUAAAACUUACGGUGAAGUUUGAGGAGGAUCAUUACAAAAUGCCACGUUCAUUUCUUGUCAAGAAAUAUUUCUCCAACAAGAAGCCAAACUACAGUGAACUGGAGAGUCAAACUGACCAACGCUAUGCUGUCGUCCCACAGUGCUUCCCUCUGGAUGACCUCCCCACUAGAGAAGGCGACUCUGUGGUGCCCACCUAUCCCUCCAUGCUCAUGUGGACCACCAGUGCCUUACCCCUUACCUUCACACCGGUGUCACCCAGCAUCUCCUCUCCUCCUGGGCCUCUGGACCUGAGCUCUCAGUCCAGCUCCAGCAGCAGCGGAGAGGAGGACGACUGCCGUACAUCUGACCCUCCCAGCCCAGACCCUGCUGACCGCUUCCAGUGCACCCACUGCGGCAAGACCUGCAGCAGCCCGGCCGCGCUGUCUCGCCAUCAGCUCACGCACUGCACCGCCAGCCCACAGACGGUCAUUACCGCUACAGGAGCCACCAGCACAAGCACCAGAGCGGCCUUCCACUGCAAACACUGUCCCAAAGAGUACAACAGCCUGGGUGCACUCAAGAUGCACAUCCGCUCGCACACGCUCCCCUGUGUGUGCACCACGUGUGGAAAGGCCUUCUCCAGACCCUGGUUACUGCGAGGACACAUCCGUACACAUACCGGUGAACGUCCCUUCUCAUGCCCCCACUGUAACCGUGCGUUUGCAGACCGCUCAAACCUGCGCGCUCACCUGCAGACCCACUCCGAAGUGAAGAAGUACCAGUGUGGAACGUGCUCUCGUACCUUCAGCCGCAUGUCCCUCCUGCACAAACACACCCUCUCCAGCUGCUGUCCGUCCGUCUAGAGGCCAUCUCUCACAUUGAGCUGGGACGGGUUUAAGCCAUAAGUGAAUGUCUGGACUCAUAGAAAAUGUUUUGAUGCUGUUUUUGAAGCACAAAGGGCCUCAUCUUUGCUUCCACAAGCCAGAGGAGUGAUGAUGUUAUUUACCAGUGUUAGUCUUACACACAUCACACACAAAGUGUCUACAGUAACGGCCUGUUAAAUGUAGACUGCAGAUUUCUGUCGUGGGAGGGGGGCCCACAGACUGGCUCUCGGUGGAUUCCCAAGAUGCACCUUGGUGCCGGCUGGUCCGGGACUGUGAGGGGGCAGCUGCUAUAAAGCGUGUGUGGUGAGAGGUCAUCUCUCACCAAGAUCUCCGCAGACGUGCAGGGAUGUAUUGGGACAGCUGUUGCAGCGCAGGCCUGUUGACAAAUGCAUUGGCUCUGCCUCUAGACUGAUGGCUGAAAAGCACACCAAAGACCUGUUUUAAUAAGAAGUUCAACUAGACUCUGGAAUUUGACUCUGUAAUCUGAGCUUCAAGGUAUUCCAUCAUGCGGCAUCUCCUGGAUGUUUUAUGUUCUUAAACACUGAAUAAGGUGUCAAAAACACACAAAAAAGGUCAUUUGGUUUUAGAAGUUAUACAAAGUUCACUGCAAGCCACCUGAACUGAAGGGAAUUUGCUGG